AAACCAUGAGGUUGCUGUUAGUGGCUCUGGUUUAUAUGCCAUUCGCCUUAGCUAUGCAAAGGAUCCAGUUAUUUCAAUUUAAGUCCAUCAAGAAGCAACUUCGAGAAAAGGGAGAACUGAAGGAAUUUUUGAAAAAUCAUGAGCCUGACAUUUUUGCUCGAAGAUAUCUGCAUUGCUUCCCUUCAGAUGUUUUUCUACCAGCUGGAUCUGCUUCAGAAAGGCUCUAUGAUUACAUGAAUGCCCAAUACUAUGGGGUGGUGAGUGUUGGCACCCCACCUCAGAAAUUCACAGUGGUGUUCGACACAGGAUCAUCCAAUUUUUGGGUCCCUUCAGCUUAUUGCAUCAGCGAAGCCUGCCAUAUGCAUCAAAAAUUCAAAUCAUUUCUAUCAGCCUCCUAUCAGCACGGAGGGCAGGCCUUUGCUCUCCAGUACGGUACUGGGCAGCUUCUAGGCAUCGCUGGCAAAGACACACUACGAAUUAGCAAUAUUUCCAUCCAUGGACAGGACUUUGGAGAGUCCAUCUUUGAGCCAGGCAUGACUUUUGCUCUUGCACGUUUUGAUGGAGUGCUGGGUUUAGGAUACCCUUCUUUAACAGUUGGCAGUGCUCUUCCAGUAUUUGACAGCAUAAUCGAACAACAUCUGGUAAAGGAGCCAGUGUUUUCCUUCCACUUGAACAGAGGAGAAGACAUUGAAAAUGGUGGUGAAUUGAUACUGGGAGGUAUAGACCAUUCUCUCUACAAAGGUUCAAUUCACUGGGUCCCAGUUACUGAAAAAAACUACUGGCAAAUUCACGUUAACAAUGUGAAAAUCCAGGGACGGGUUGCACUUUGCACCCAUGGUUGUGAAGCCAUUGUUGAUUCAGGCACUUCUCUUAUUACGGGCCCCUCUUUACAAAUAAGACAACUACAGGAGUAUAUUGGGGCCAGUCCAACACCAACUGGAGAGUUUGUUGUAGAUUGCAGGAGACUGUCAAGCCUGCCACAUGUAAGUUUCACCAUUGGACACAGAGAAUACAUGUUAAAAGCACAAGAUUAUAUAAUAAAGGAAACCAUGGAAGAAAAUACCAUGUGCAUCAGUGGCUUUCAGGCUCUCGAUAUUGCCACUCAUUCUGGAGAGCUGUGGAUUUUAGGAGACGUAUUCAUGUCUGUGUUUUACUGUGUUUUUGACCGUGGAAAUGAUAGAGUGGGAUUUGCAAAAGCCUCUCAUAGAAAGGAACAUUACUAGUGAGAUUCUAAUGGCAUCCUUUCUGCUUUAAACACAUCUUCUUAGUGGACCUGAACUAAAACCCUGGAUCUGAAUAUUGCUCCCAAAAAUGUUAUACCAUUUUAGGGUGGAUUUGAAAUUCAAUUCUGAAUCCAAAUUUUGAAGCUUGUUCCCAUUUGUAUUCAUUUGCUACAGACACAUUUAUUUCAAAACCAAUGAUUGAAAGUCCGAAAGUCCUAAGAAGGGCUAUGUCAAAAAUACCUAGAAAUGUUUAAAACAACUUGUCUGUAGAAUUUGCAUUGAGGUGGAAGGGAAAGUGUGCUUUGGAGAAGCCAGCUAACUAAUGCAAAGAUGACGGUGCCUCAGUUGUAGUUAUGGGAACCCAAUCCAACUAGCAUUGGGUAUUUCUCUUUCCUUGAUUGUCAGUUUCAGCUUUCUAUUUCCUGAUUAAAUAAUUUUUCUUGUUAUUAUUUGUAGCUUUUAUUUACCUCAUUCUUUAUUGGGUCUUGUUCAGCCCUCUCUCCCUCUCUCCUUUAAAGAUAAUCUUUUCACUUCCAUCACUUAAAUGCUAUUUCUUACUUCUUACUUAUUCUCUCUGACCUGCUUUUUCCUCAGGUACACUCUCUUUUUCUGUGCUUGCCUUUUCCUUAUUUAGUUAAUAUUUUACAAUUAUUGGGUCUUCAGUCAGAUCCUGUCUUUAGUGCCUGACAUCUCCAUACCUUUAAUGGAUUGAAACAGCUGGGAUUGGCAUCUCCUUGCAGGGCAAGACAUUGGACAGUGAAGCUUGUAUUGCACAACCCUUGCAAAGACAGAAAUGUAUGAAUGACACAAAAGCAUCACCCUGUUCCAUGAAAGACACAGAAAUAGGACCCCAAUGUAGAUCCAUGCUGUUCCCCAUUUUGAGAGGCAUUGUUAGCAGCAGUUUCGACUGAGAUGCAAAAUAGUUCCAAGCCACAGGUAGUCAAGCUCUCCUCUGUUGUGUAAGGGAUUGAACAAUAUUGAAUGUAUCUGAUUUUUACCUAUCUGAAUAUUCAUCUUGCUCAUUGGAGCUGAUUCUGUACAUUGACAUAUAAACAAAUAAAACUGGAACAAGAAAACCUGA